ACCAAAGGCAGAUCGUUGAGGAAAGUCUGGGUAUCGGUUAUGCGAAGUUCAACGCACCAAGCGGGAGUGGUGGUAGUUGGGUGAUGUUUUCCAGAUAUUUUGCCUAUAAAUGCUUGACUAUGACGAAUGUACAUAGAAUUUAAAUCGAAAAUUAGGUGGUUUGGAGAACGUAAUCCCCUCUUUCCCCUUUAUUCUUCUUUUUUUUUUUUUUAACUUCUUUUUAUUUUUUCCUUUUCAUUUUGCAUACUAUUUGGGAAAGCCCUAGCCCUCAUGCGCCUCUAGAUCCGCCCCUAUUUACUCUCCCUGGCCAUAAUGGACGUAGUUUUGUUUUUGUUUUUCUGGGGUUUUUUUUUCCCUUUCAUUAUCAGCUUGAAGUUUAAUUACAGGUUUUGGUUCGUACGGCAAUUUCUGGAUUUUGCAGAGUACAUUUGAAAAGCAUUUUUUCUAAGAAAAAAUUUUAAGCAGUUUACAAAGAUAGAAUCCCAACGUAGUCGGUCAGGCCUUCUAUUUCUAUCUCUUUCUUUUCAACUGACGGCAUAUCUAUUUCCUUAUAGUGGAGCAUAUGAUGUCAAUGAUAUUGAGAAGCUUGGAUCGGAUCCUAAAAGUGUUGAACUAUUCAAGAUCAAAAAGGACGAAGUUCUUUUUGAUGAUGACAGCGACAUUUUCAUUACUUCAGGAUCUACUGGUAAGCCAAAGUACGUGGUUCACACACAUUUCAGUGUGAUUAAUGGAGUAAAGGGUAUGUUGUACUACCUUGAAGGAAUGCCAAAUAAAGAGAAUCGAAGAAUUCUUGGGCUUAAUACACUAGCUCAUGUUAGUGGAGAAGGAAGUGGGGUGAUGCCCCCAUUGGUGGCUUCUAUGACGUCAGUGUUUGCGCCAUCUGUGUACAACAUAAAACAGAUUGUGCAGACAAUUCAAAAUGAAAGGUGUACUGAUGUGCUCUUCUUAAUUACUUAUCUAUACGACAUGUUGAACUUCAAGGACAUCGGAGAAUAUGAUGUAACCUCUCUCGAUAUUUGUUUAACUGGAGGAUCAAACAUCCCUCCAAAAAUGGCGAAUGACUUUGAAGAAAAAUGUGCUUGCAAAAUUCUGAUAGCGUAUGGUUCAACUGAAAUGAUGGUACCUAUUAUAAGCUCUCCGUUGGACCCAUUCGCUACGCGGAGUACUGGAGUUCGAAUAUGGCCAAAUGCAGAGAUACAAUUGGUUGAUGAUGACGGAAAGUGUGUACCUGUUGGCAGUAAUGGUGAAAUUUGGUGCCGCUGUUGUAGUAACUUUCAGAGAUACAUGGGGAAUGAUGAACAGACGAAAGCAGCUAAAUCGCCCCACGGGUGGUUUAAAACUGGUGACAUUGGUGUUUUUAACGCUGCUGGUGUCCUGUCAGUAGUCGGGAGAAAAAAGGAUAUCAUAUCCAAGGGUGCUAUAAAGAUUUUUCCCGCCGACAUCGAGAACGUUCUCUCACGUCAUCCAUCUAUUGACCAGGUUCAGGUAAUUGGGGUACCGGAUGAUCGCCUAUCUGAAGAAAUCUGUGUUUGCUUAAGGACAAAGAAGAACGCCAUCGUUGACAAAGACCAGAUUGUCUCUUUCCUAACUGGAAAGGUGAGACUCGAAGAAAGUGUUCCUGGCUAUGUGUUGAUUUUUGACAGUUUUCCAAAAACGAUUACUGGAAAGAUUGACCGUAUGGUUCUCACAAAACAGGCCAUAGACCGAAUUCAGAGUAAGGUACAAUUAACGGAGUAACAGGGAGCUGCGGUCUAUGGAGUUAUAAUAACAUUCAUGUCAAUUAAUUAACAUUCAUGAUGUCAACACAACGUUGGAAAAACCAUUGCAACGUUAUUUCUAAGAUAUAAAAAUUAUAAAAUUACAUGUAUAAAUCUUAGAUAUUAUAUUAUAAAUACUUAACGAAAUUUGGGAUUUUCCUUCGGGCCACCAAGGUAAUUGCAAAUGUACAAACUCACAGAGGAAGUGGAUCAGUCAAUUAGAUUGACCCUCCAAUGUUUGUUUUGGGCAAGAAGUGCAAAUUAACUACAUAAGUUGAGUACAGUUUCGGUUCAAGUAGACUUCCCACAAGUCCCUUAUGUUUUUUUCUCAUUCUGGACAGCACGCCACCAACGUAAAAGUUAAUUUAGAGACAAAGACAGGAAUUGUAAAACACUGAAUGCAAGUACCAGGAUGUCAAAAGAAUGUGAUAACCUUAUAUUCCAUAUUUGGAUAAAUGACUAUUUUGACCAAUCACAAUGUUCAUAUUUUGGCGGAACCACCAAACUGAGUCACUCGCGGCGACUAGUUAGGCAAUACUAAAAAAUAGUCUUUCCUAAUAAAACAGGCCUAAAAUAUUUAGCAUAGGCCCUAGUAAAACUAGUGGGAAAUUGCAAAAAAAUUUAAGUUUACCUAGAAUCUUCAUUUGUACCAAAAAAUGUCUUAAAAUUGAGAAAAUAAAAUUGUCCUAAAUUUGAAGAGAAAAUGAUAAUUGAAUACCAAUACAUUAUAAAAUCCAUAUUACAAUAAUGGUGCAUGAUUCCUGAUGAUGACAUAAUUAAUGUUGAAAUAUUGAAUCCCGACACGAUGGCGUAUCUUUAGAUACUUGGAGUAUGUAAUAUACUGUACGAUCCGAUUAUUAUACUGUACAAUUCUAACUCACGACAUCUAGGACAGUGUCAAGUCAUUAGUAAUCUACAGUUCUUGCUGAAAUCCCUGUUUUGUUUUGUGGGGAACUCUGGGUUCAACUUAAAAGAAGGCCAUAAACGUUUGUUGGGAAUCACCUCUAGUUUACGUGUACAAAACUUCAAGCAUGUCCGUUCAAAACUGGUGGCGCUUUUAAAAACAAGCGAGGUUCUAGGGUCCGCUUUGCGCGGACCCCUCAAUAAAGGAGUCGAGUAUUAGAUGCCAAUUAAAUUAGGUAUGGCGCGCACUAAGCACAGUAAAAGUUUGAGUAACCCAAAAUUAGCACCAGCAACCCAGACUAGGAUUUUAAGAGGGGGAAAGAAUGAUGCUUGAGAAUUCGUCAGGAGAAAAACGGGGUGAUCCAUAAAAUAAGAGUACCUAGUUAGUUAGUUGAUUGGGAUUCUAUGUGUCUGCCUGUCUUAUUUGGGGUUUCAGUGUCGUAGUAAUAAUAAAGUGUGAAUGAUCACUGUUGAAAUUUAUUUAAUUAUUCGAGGAUACAUACUGAAUAGAGUUUGACGCGCUUAGAGUGAGAAUCUUGAGUUCUUUUGUUUUUCAAAAGUCCAAGGCCCAGAGCUCUGGCUGAACCAGUCAUCCUGACAAAGGACCCGUUCCGUUACAAUACGUUAUACAACCCAUAUUACAAUAAUGGUACAUGAUUCCUGAUGAUGACAUAAUUAAUGUCGAAAUAUUGAAUCCCGACAAGACGGCGUAUAUUUUGAUACUUGGAGUAUGUAUUAUACUGAGUACUAUCUGGAGCAUGAUGUUCAUGUAUAGAACUUUAAAUAGAUUUUUUUUAAGUUAGAUUAUGGAGUGUUUUUCUAGCGUAAAUUUGUAUACAUUUUCAAUAAUUUUAAUGAUUAUUUUCGUUAAUAAUAAAUAAUAUAAUUUUCCAAUUCUGGUCCCACUAAUUUAACAAGACCAAUUUGGUGUCCUGUGGGUUUAUUAUGGUUAUUUUAUGCAUUUUAUUGGGUUUUUUUUGUAUAAAAAAACAAAAUUUUCAUUGUAUUUUCAUUAGAAUUAAGUUGGUUCUAAGUGUGUGUUUGACGAUUUUAAAUUAUAACAAUUGGUGUUAAUGGGAAUUCUAUCUUUUUAUUAAUAUUUGAGAAAGUCUGUGGCUUUACGGAACGCAUAUUGACUGAUACAAACUCGUUAGUUCAAAUGUGAGAGUUUUUGCUGUAUUUUGUGUUUUUCUGGGAUGAUAUAAGACAAAUUCUCCUUGCAUAAUUUUCUUUAAUCAUGGCAUUUUUUUCUUUCUUUUUUUUGUUAUUCCAUUGCUUUUACUCCUUUAUUCUAUUUUUUGUUGUAUGUUUAACAUGGACUUUUGUCAAUUUGUCUGAAAUAAAAGAUUGAAUUGAAUAAGUUAUACGUCUCAUUAUACGUGCUUCACUCAUGCCUCGUUAAAGUUACGACCUACAGAUCUUUCCGCAAACGUUUAAUUCAUGUGCUAUAGGCGU